CUUGAUGGGACCAGAGAGUCACACUGCAAGAGUAUGAACAUAGAAUCUUCUGGACCUCUUCUGGAAUAGUUUCAUCCAAAACACCUUGGGGCCUGAACAACUUUCUCCACAGAAGGACUCCCAAUAAUUCUGCCAAAGAUGAACUGUAGAGUUCUAUUGGUUGUGGUCUUCUGCUUAACAGCCACAGGCUCACACACAAACCAACCACAAGGCUCCAUUCCCUCACUCUACAAGACUCAUGGCAACACAUCCAGACGCCAGGCUCUUCGCAGCAAACAGGACCUUCUGGCCUCUAGUCAGGAGGCAUUAGUGGUGACUGAGCGCAAGUACUUGAAAAAUGACUGGUGUAAGACGCAGUCCCUACGGCAGACUGUGAGCGAGGAGGGCUGUUUGAGCCGCACUGUGAUCAAUCGUUUUUGCUACGGCCAAUGCAACUCUUUUUACAUCCCACGUCAUAUCAAGGACCAGGACUCUUUCCAGAGCUGUGCUUUUUGCCAGCCACAGAAGUUCACCAUGCUCACAGUUGAACUGGACUGCCCUGAACUGCAGCCAGCCUUCCGUCAUCGGAAGAUUCAGCGAGUCAAACAGUGCAGAUGUGUCUCCAUCAACCCAAGAAAGUCCAGUGAGCGGUGA